GUCCGUAAUCAGGGGAAAGCUUACAUUGGUUUUAACGCGCCUCCGGACCCGUUAACCUAAAAAAAAGAAAAAGAGUCGUGUUAAAAAUAUUUAUUACCUGGUGGAGACCGCACACCCAUUGGUUCCUUGCUAAUGCAAGAGGAUGGGCAACAUGUUGCUAGAAAGUGGUAGAGCCAUGUCAGUGCUUGGUUGAUGUAAUCUCUGGGAUUUUCUGGCCUUUACUGUACAUUUUCAUGAGAAUGCAGAAGAAUGAUACACACGUCAUUCUAUCUUCCAUCACCACUCCAGUUUUCAAACAUACAGUGCCAUCCUUCUGUAUCUUGUGCCAGUUCAUCCAUCUUUCCUGUCUAACAUUCUGAAGCAUCAGGAAACAGCCCCCCUGAAAGAGCAGGUUAGAAUAAGUAGAAGGAGGUACAUUCACCAAAUAUGGAAGAAGAUGCCAAACCCCUUUUGGUUCCUGUGGGAGGCGAUGAAAGCAAUUACGGAAUCAUGAAUAUACAGUUCAAUCCAGAAGAUUUUAAGUGCAAAAGACCAUUUCAUGUGGAGCCUACAAACAUAGUCAGUGUGAACGAUGACAUGCAAAGAGUCACUGAUGAAGCUUCAGCAAUGAAUAAGAGGAUUCAUUACUAUAGCAGGCUCACGUCUCCUGCAGACAGGGCAUUGAUUGCUCCUGAUCAUGUACUUCCAGCUCCUGAUGAAAUCUACGUGUACAGUCCAUUAGGAACUGCUUUUAAGGUUGACAGUUACACAGAUGGCUAUGGUAAAAACUCCAGUAUAGUGACAAUAUUUAUGAUAUGGAAUACAAUGAUGGGUACAUCUAUAUUAAGUAUCCCAUGGGGAAUAAAACAGGCAGGCUUUACUUCUGGAAUUAUUCUCAUCUUGCUGAUGGGUAUUUUGACUCUUUAUUGCUGCUACAGAGUUGUGAAGUCACGGAAGAUGAUACCUUUAAUGGAUACCUCAAACUGGGAAUUCCCAGAUGUUUGCAAGUAUUACUUUGGAUCCUUUGGUCAGUGGUCAAGCCUCUUAUUUUCUAUGGUAUCGCUGGUUGGAGCCAUGGUUGUUUAUUGGGUGCUUAUGUCCAACUUUCUGUUCAACACGGGAAGGUUUAUAUACAACUUCGUUCAUGACAUUAAUGUAACAGAUAUUGUUCCUGGAACGAAUGGAAGUAACAAAGUGAUUUGUCCAGGUGCUGCUGGUGGUCAUCCACCACAGAACAGGAGUGUGAUGUUCUCUUCAGGCAACAAUACAGGUUUUGAACUCUUCGAGGAGUGGUGGAACAAAUCACAAACAGUACCAUUUUACCUGAUUGCUGUUCUUCUACCCCUGCUAAAUCUGAAGUCUCCAUCCUUCUUUGCAAAGUUUAAUGUCCUAGGUACUAUUUCAGUUGUCUACUUAGUUUUUCUGGUUACUGUAAAGGCUGCUCAUCUGGGAAUCCACUUAGAAUACAGUUGGUUUACAGAGAAUGAUUUUUUUGUACCAGAGUUUAGAAUUCUGUUCCCUCAGCUCACAGGGGUUCUGACACUUGCCUUCUUCAUCCACAAUUGUGUCAUCACACUUCUUCAAAAUAACAGGAAUCAAGAAAACAAUGUGAGAGACCUCUCUAUUGCAUACUUCCUGGUGGGAUUAACGUAUCUGUAUGUUGGAGUGAUAAUUUUUGCAUCUUUCCCUUCACCGCCACUAUCCAAAGAAUGUAUUGAACAGAAUUUUCUAGAUAACUUUCCCAGUGAUGACAUCAUGUCAUUUGUUGCAAGAAUAUUCCUGCUGUUCCAGAUGAUGACUGUAUACCCACUGUUGGGCUAUCUGGCACGAGUGCAGCUGUUAAGACAGUUUUUUGGAAAUGCUUACCCAAGCGUUUUCCAUGUGCUCAUCCUGAACAUAGCAAUUGUAGGAGCUGGAGUAGCAAUGGCAAGAUUUUAUCCAAAUAUAGGAGGUAUCAUAAGAUACUCUGGAGCAACAUGUGGUCUGGCCUUUGUGUUCGUGUAUCCGUCCCUCAUCUACAUGAUCUCCCUGCAUCGUGCUGGGCAGCUGACGUGGCCAGCAUUGAUCAUUCACAUCUUUAUAAUCCUCCUUGGACUGGCUAAUCUGAUUGCACAAUUCCUAUUGUGAAAACAACUCCUUCUCCCUGUGGCUAUCAGAAGUGGUAGUGUGACUUCUAGCAGCAGCCUUGAGCAACAUUGUCACGCAUGAGAACAAACAGUCCUCGGUAUGAUCUUGAGAAAAGCUGCACCUUUGAAACAAAUUCAAAACACAUCUUUAAGCCCUUUGACAGGAAACCUGUCUUGCUCUUCUAAAAACACAAUUUUGUGAGGAGUGAAAUGGUUCAUAUUUGAGUGAGGUAGUUCUCCUGGUUUUGUUGAACAUACAUCAAAGAGUAAUGAAGCUCAUUUUAAUUUUUUACAGCACACUUUUCAAAACGCACAGCUUUCAGCCUCAGGCUGUAGAACUCCUCUUUUCUCCAGAGGAACUGUCUUUACCUUUAUUAACAAACAUACUUUCACAGUAUUGUUCAGUGACUGUUGAAAUGCUCUUUUGUUGUAGUUAUUUUCCUGUUUUGUUUGGAAAAAGAAGAAAUUAUUGUCUUUCCCCCUUUUCUUCCCUAGGUUAAUUUAUAGUCAUUUGGAUCAAAAUGCACUCUUAAUUUUGAAUAUGCUAUUAAAUUGGUUUGGCAGUGUUUUUCCUCUAGGAAAUUCCAACUAAGAGAAACAAUAAACUCAUGUCUCAGUGUUUUAUUCAGAACCAAUAUGUACACAACAUAUUUGUGAUUUUACAAUGAAAAAAGUCAGAAGGAUAAAAAAAAUUAGAACAAGACAAUUAAAAUUAGAAUUCCAUGCUUGACCUCACUUCAACUCUGUUAGCUGGGCUAUUAUUAUGCUGUGAAGUUGUUUUGUCAGGAGUUGCAUGUGGAUUUAUGGAUGCAUGUUGGACACAAUUUUCAUCACAGGCUUGCUCCUUCCCUUGUAGGGACUUACUCUAGUGAUCACUUGCUAUGGUCUUCCACUAAAUUAUUGUAAACAUUUUGAAUGUGAGCAGAGAGACAAAGGUAGCACUCUUCAGGAUUGUGGACUAAAUCAAAUAAUUUUAAGUUUUAAAUAAUUCCUAACAGAAGCUGGAAGAAUCUGGGAAGAGUUUUGUUGUGUUGGGGGUUUUUUGUAACUUCUUAUUUACUAAGGGGAUGUACACAUGUAAGCACUCAGACGCUUUCAUUCACCUACUGUCCGUGAGUCUUGAGUCUUAACCUAAAACAUGCAAUAAUUAAGUUGCCAGACUCUAGAGUAAUGUCAUCUUUUGUGGUUGGAGAGAGAGUAAAAACUCCUUUUUGUACAGAAUUUCAGUGUAUUAAAAUAAUCAACAAAUGUGGAAUAAUUGAAAGAAAACUUGGAACAAUGCUAAAUUUGAAAGAGGAAGAAAGUUGGAGUCAUGCAGUAUUUGUGAAGUAGGAGUUGAGUUGGGAAAGACAGUUACAUUGCAGGGUAAGAGUCCAUAUUUAAUCAGAAAGACAAUGAAAAGCAUAACCCAGAUUAUUGCCAUGCUUCUCUGGGAAAUGAUACGAAUUUUUGUAGUAGAGAUGUAAAUAAUUUUGUUUGAGUUAGGGUCCUCAAACCGUGUGUAGGACACUGACUUGCAUAUGUGUCCUUUGAUUUGUAUGAAAUGCAAGAUCAUAUGGGUUUGAGAUGUCUGCAGAAUAGAACAAUUAUUUCAGAUUCUUUUUUUCUUGUGAAACUUUUUGUGCCUUUGAUUCAGAAUUGGGAGAAUGUGUCCAUCGUCUGUUCUGUAUUAGAAGUAUUUGUCCCAUCCUGGUCAUUUUCCCUGUGUAUACUCUUAUCUUCCACUGCUCAGUUUCCUUUUUCUCUGGGGCAUAUCUGUCCACCCUUUUAACUGCUGACAGUGAGUGUAUCUUGCAGUGAUGCCACCAUUAGCACUGGCCAAUGCACCUGCCAUAGGGACUGGGUCUGACCUCUCCCAUAAAAUACUUCCUUGAAUGUUUCGAUAGUCAUCACAGAAUGUAACUUGAUGGCUGCAUUCCCUCAACAUUCUCAGCAGUGUAUUUCACCAAUUUGUUUGGGUUUUUUUCACUUUCCAACAAACUACUUCUUUCCAACAAAUUUUACAAAUUUACAGUUCCACAACUGUAGUAAGUUGUUAAAUGUCCUGGAGUUAUUUGAUACAGAAGAGAAGUAAUUGAACACCAGAAGGAAAAGACAAAAGAUGCAGGAUUUCAAGCAUCAUUGGCUCAUUCACAUUACACUUCUGUGCUUAUUUAUUAUAGAUUCAGUGCUUAAUUUAGGUGCAAGCCCUGAUGAGUGCAGGUACUUCAGUUUGAUUAUGUCCUUCCAUGUUUCAUGUAGAUAUGAAUCCUUGCCAUUGAAGCAGAUGGUAAAAUACCCAUUGAUUUUAGCAGAAUUAAAUUCAGUUAGGAUCUAGUAGUUCAACAGAAAUUCCCAAUUAAGAUGGAGUUCAGGGUGAAGUGUCUUAAUUGCAUCUUCUGUUUGUCUCUUUUCCAGUUGUGUGAUGUACAAUGAUUUUUUUUUUAUUUAUUUUUUUUUUAAAUCCUGUGUUUGGGUUGGAAGGGACCUUAA